AUGGAGUUGAGCAUGUUCUCAAGCCUUCCAAAUCUCAAAUAUCUCGACCUUUCAUAUAACAGCCUAUCCUUAACAUCUAAUAGCACUUCUAGUGUUAAUCUUACAAGCUUAUUUUUGUCAUCUUGCAAUCUUAGUGAAUUCCCCCAAUUUUUAAAAGGGCUUAAAAGUUUGGAAAGCUUAGACCUCUCUUACAACAGAAUUGAAGGCAAGAUUCCACAGUGGAUGCAAGAGGUGGGGAAUGACUCUUUGACUUACUUAAAUGUAUCUCACAACUAUUUGACAGAAGUUGAGCACUUUCCAUGGAAGAAUAUUGCAGUUCUUGACUUAAGCUCCAAUUUGAUCCGUGGAAAUCUCCCGAUUCCAGCUUCGACGAUCAAUGUCUUUCUGAUCUCAAAUAAUAGUUUCAAUGGAGAGGUCUCUUCUUUAAUAUGCAAUGUCACUUCUCUUCAAAUUCUUGAUUUGUCCCACAAUAACUUGAGUGGAACAAUUUCACAAUGUUUUGAAAAUUUGAGCAACAGCCUUGAAUUCUUGAAUCUGAAGAAGAACAAGUUUUAUGGGACGAUUCCUCCAACAUUUGCAAAGGGGUGCCGACUGACUAAUUUAAACUUAAAUGGAAAUCUGUUAGGAGGGCCUUUGACACCAUCCAUCCUUAACUGUAGAGGUCUGGAAGUGCUAGAUCUUGGUAACAACAAGAUCAAUGAUACAUUUCCUCAUUGGUUGGGAAGUCUUCCACAGCUACAACUUCUUGUACUAAAGUCAAAUCAAAUGCAUGGUUCCUUGCAUGACCAUAGCUCCAAGUUUAGUCCUUGUUUCUCUAAAAUCCAAAUUUUUGACCUUUCAAGUAAUUAUUUUUCUGGACCCCUACCUGUGAGAUACAUCAACAACUUCAAGGCUAUCAUAAAUCUCAAGAAAAAUGGUAGUGCAAGGUCAUACAUGGGUUUGAAGUAUGCUUCUAUCAAUAGUGGAUUCUAUACCUAUUCCAUUGGAAUUGUUACGAAAAGGACCUAUAUGGAAUUGGAAAAAAUUUUCACCAUGUGGAUGAUCAUUGAUCUCUCAAACAAUCAGUUUGUAGGAGAGAUUCCAAAGGUUAUUGGGAAGCUUAACUUACUGAAAGGGCUCAACCUUUCUCAUAAUAACCUUAAUGGUAGGAUCCCCACAUCAGUAGGGAAUUUGACAAGUCUUGAAUGGUUGGACCUAUCUUCAAACAGGUUGUCUGGGACGAUUCCAAAUAAAUUGGCAGAUCUGCCAUUUCUUUCGUCCUUAAAUGUUUCUGAAAAUCAACUCCAUAGUCAGAUUCCUCAAGAAAAACAAUUCAACACAUUUGGAAAUGAUUCAUAUGAAGGAAAUAAGGGACUAUGUGGGUUUCCGGUCUCGAAAGGUUGCAAAAUCAUUGAGCCAGCACCUCCAAAUGUGCUUGAAAAAAAUGGCUCAAAAUCAAACAUUGCUUUUGGUUGGAAAGUGGUGUUGAUAGGUUAUGGAUGCGGAAUACUGCUCGGAAUGUCGGUGGGAUAUGCUGUUUUCCAAACUGGUAAGCCGGAAUGGUUGGUGAAUUUGGUUGAAAACCAACAUGAGAAGAGGCGAAGAAGAAAGUCAAAGAAUGGCAAUCGCAGCAAUAGACGAAGUAGGCCUGAUUACUGCGAAUGA